UUUUUUUUCUUUGUUUAUUACUUACAUGCGUUCGCUUGACAAGUCAUUUGGAUUGUCAUCUCGUCAUCAACCUCAUUCAUUACGAGGUAUUCAUAUCAAUAUCAGUUCAGAUCCUUUUCAACAUCGUAUACCACCCUAUGUUCAACGACUAUGGCAAGAAAGUAAACUACGUCGGUAUUUGUCUUUAUGGAAAAGAAGAAUAGCCCAUAAAGUGGGUUGGUUAGAAAUAGCUGUGGUGGGUCUAUUGUGUGUAGGUGGUUGUAUGGUGUUGCUACUCCAUGUUGGAUUCUUUAGUGGCAAGAAAUAUCAAGAUUGGCAAUUAGAACACUAUGCGAGCGAUACAUUGGAUCAAGUCGAUUUGCUUGAUAAAGUGUAUCCUGAUGAAGGUCGAUUACAGACAACAGCCAUUGUGUUGGUUCAACAACAUGAAUUGGAUCAAAAGAGAGUGAUUCUAGAGCAAUUAUGUGAAUAUGACAUGUUUGCUACUGUUACUCUCUGGAAUGACGAUGCAGAACAUCCAUUGACAUUUGAUAUGUUGCAUGGUAUUCAAGGAUGUACACUCAACCAAUGGCAUAUCAUCAAUGCACCUAAGCCAUUAGGGUCAGCAGCAAGAUAUCAAGCAUGUCAUAUGGCAAAGACACCUUACUGUUAUUUCCAAGAUGUGCCUAAAAAGACAUCACAGCUCAGAAGUCUAUAUGCUAAUUUCUUACGUUCUCCUCAUUUGAUCCAUACUCAAUCCAGCGACUAUGCUUCUUUUCUUGACACACAAUGGCGUUAUUGCUUCUCAAACACAAAUGUCAAAUUGCAUACUUGCUUUGUCGAUAUAGCAUCAGGCACAUUUGUUGCUAAAGCCAUGGUGACAAGGUUCUUGAGCCAUCCUCAAGAAGCCUUUGCGGACAUGUAUUUCAUGAUGUAUAUGAACCAAUUACCUUACCAACUUGAAGGCAACAAUGGCUAUGCUACAAAGCAACUCAGUCAACAAGAAAUAGACCAUUUGAACCUUGGAUUGAAUUCACUCUAUCAUCAGCUAGAAGAAGGCAUUGUGCCAUUACAGCCUUAUCUUACUAGCAAAUUUGAAAGAAAUGCAAGGGCUUCUUGUAUUAAUGAUCGCUGUCUAUUCUUGACGAAUAAGCCCAUCUUGCCUAAUAUUGAAUUAUUUCAUUAUGAUCCAUCUGUUAUGGAUGUUCAACUGUCUAAAGAAGUCCAUGAUGAUUAUAUAAGCAACACAACAUUGCAUUACAUGUAUGCGGUGGAUCAGAAUGAAGCCACUUCAUGGAAAUCAAGCUCAAAUAUUCAAGCAGGUGAUUAUAUUGGGCUUGAUUUAUUGAUGCCUAUGCGCACACCCCUUCACUAUCGAUUUUUGAUGAAUGCACCUUAUAAAUACAGAACUACGAUGACUAUCCAAAUAUCGUAUGAUGGCUUACUUUGGAUGUCCUUGUAUCCUGCACCUUCUAUUCUAUGCCAAACAAUCGACUCAGAAGAUGGAUUGACACAACUACUUGAAUGUAAAUGGAUAGUGACAGAUACAGGUUAUCGUUACAUUCGACUUGAAACUCAGAUUGACCAUGAUUUCCCCUUUGAUGUUUAUGAUUUCUCAUUUAGUGCUCAAGUCAGGAAAGAUGCAAAUGGACACUUGUUGGACAUGGCCUUUGAUGAAGAUGGUAUUGCAUUUAUUGAAGAUGAUAUUUAAUUUUCUUGUACAUGAUAAAGAUUGGGUGUUGAAAUAGCUCUUUUGAUUGUCUUUUCUGGUCGAACCAUAGACAUACGAUGCUUUAAUGUCCUUGUUAAUUUUCUAUUCAGUGACUGUUUACGGUGUUCUGGUAUGGGUGUAGGUGGUGUUUGGGGUAAUAAUAAAUGGUCAAAUUGAGGAAAAGAAGCUAUUUGGUGAUAGUCUUCAUUGUUAAAGAAAUCCAACUUUAACAAACUUUUUGAUUGUUCAAAUUCUACUCUGGGUAAAAUGGGUUCAGCUGGAACAGAUGACGUAGUUGGUUCAGGGAUAGUUUCUGGUUGAGAUGGUGGUGGUGGUGGCGAUGAAGGUGGUGGUGGUGAAGAUGCUUUCUUUUUAAAAAGAUGUUUAAUUUGAUCAAAUAGCAUUACAAUAUAAAGAGAAAAAGAAA